UGUCGUGGUUGUGUGUUCGCGGUUGUCGUCGAAUACUGAUGACGCUUUGCUUACCACGAUUAUGAAUGACGUGAAUUCAGUGAAAUCAAGUUUAACAUAUCAUCCCCGAUAUGUUCUUAGAGAAGUGAAAAAAAGCAACGCGCGAUAAAAUUUUGCAGUCCGGUUUUAUCGUUCCGUUUCGACCGCGUGCUUUCCAUCGUAUUGGUCUUUUCUCUUUCGGGGGAGUUUUCAAGGUUACGCUUUCAAUACCGGCACGAACGAUCCGGAGACCGUUGCUUCUGCCUGCGGUUUCGUUCGUCCUCUCUUUGUCACACGCAUGUCGUUGUUGACGAUUUGAAAACUUCGAUUUAAAAACUUCGGUUGCCAAUUACCAUUCUGGUAUAAUAAUUCGCUCCAAAUUUUCAUUCGGAUUUGUAUUCAUUUUUUGCUAUCUGUACUGUGUUUCUUAUUUACUGUGCCGUCAAUUUAUCGUCGUUUAUCGUUAUUUAUCGAAUUGAUCGAAAAUAGUGAAAUUUUGCCUACGAACUCAAGAAUAUUUCUCUAUGAAAAUCGACAAAAGUUUAUAUUUACGGUAAAGAGUGUUGGAUUCGAAAUUAUUUGUUUCGUAUAAGAAGAAUCUUUCAAAUCAUAAACAAAUACGUGUGUUGAAAUUAUAACAGUGUCAGAGAGAAAAAAAAGAGAAAAGUUUGUGAUUACAAUCAUACCAUUUAUUUGACGUCUUCCGUGUGAUAAGUGAAUGCGCGGCAAAAUCAAAACGUGCAAAGUUAUUCCCAUCCAUUGUAAAAAAGUGCUCUGAUUCAUUCAAAUUAAAUUGUGAGACAAAUGUAGUGAAGGAAUGUUUAUAGAUAAAAUAUUCCUCAUUACGUGUAUGGAUACGUGAUAUGUGAGUAGAUUAUUGCGAGCAAUAACAAUAAUCGUAGCUGUAAUUUAAAGUGGUUCGAGACGUGAGACACGUGCUCUAAAUUCGAUCGUGCUUAAAAGGAUCGAUCGGUUGAUUUCUCUUCUACCCUACCAUAACCCUACCCAUAACCGAGUGCUUCGUAAAAUAGAUCGAGGCAGAGGAACGGAGUACAAUUACCCGCGUUUUUCUUUCAACUGUUAACCGUGCACCAGAAACCGAGCGGUUUAAAAGCGUUCGAAAAGAAGAUCGUAUCGUCUCGUCGAACUAGUUCGAUCGUCCGCGCCUCGUAAUGAGCCAGGGCACUGCACGUUGAAGAUCGAACGUGACCAGUGUCCCCUCCCCCCCUGCGUCGUUCAUCGGUAUUCUCCGAGGAGCCGUUAAUCGAGGGUGCCGCCCAUUACAAGAAAAACCAAUCGGGCCCGCGAUCGGUUCGCCCGGAUUCAAUAUAGCGAAUAUCAUACGUGACUUCGCCCUUUCGCGAGGAUGUCGUCGAUCCGCAUUCUUUCGAAGAUGUCGCGGUGCGUAGUUUCAACAAGACAGAGCGCGUAAGGGGGGGCCGAGACAAGGACAGACCGAGACCAGAUCAGAGGGAAGGUGAAGGAGAGACACGUGUACACGAGAGAAGAGAGCGGCGGGGGCGUGAUAAAGCCCUCGCACUCCUCGCGACCGAGCAGAAAUGACGAUGGCUAGCAAUAUCGUGGUCGAGUGGCUACGCUCGCUUCAUUUAGGCCAAUAUUCGGAGUCGUUCAUAGACAACGGCUACGACGACCUUGAGAUAUGCAAACAAAUCGGCGAUCCCGAUCUCGACGCGAUCGGUGUAUUUAACCAGACCCAUCGAGCACGAUUGUUGCAAUCGGUGAAGACUCUCAGGGAGGAGGGUGCAGCGAGCGUUUACUUCACCCUGGAAGAGAGUAAUGAUUGCCUGUGCGACAAUGUUAGCUCGAAAUCGUCGAGAACAUCUUCUGAGAGACCGCUCAGCGAUAAAGAGGCGCAACGGGCCUCGCCAACAGCCAGUUCCUCGAGCGGUGGUCAGGAAUUAACCAAGUUCGCGGACGAGUACGAGGAGGGAAAGGCGGAGCUCGUCAGAAUCCCAAGGAUGCAGCUACGGAUGCUGCUGCAGGAGAAGCUGAGGCACGACGGCAUCAGGUUGGCUUGUCAACCUUACACAACACCGGAAGGUGAGAGGGGAUACUUAGAGGGGCUGGCUUCAAGGUAUGCAGACCUCUUCAGAACGCAUUACGGAGACGUCCUGGAACCGCUUGAGGAGCUACGCCGCCGUGAAACAAAUGCUUCUCCCAGAAUGCCCAACACUCAACUCACUACCAGUCAUUCACAGCCCAUUUACGUGCCCGGGAAAUACUCGCCCUCGAGCUGUCUCAGCGAUAAGGAAGAGGACGAAAUCUAUGGCUUUGGAUACGGUGUAUUCAGCAGGCAAAUGCUUCAACAACGACAACAGAAACUUGCUCUUGCUGCGCAAAAUACCACUGCAGUAACACCUGGUGGACAUCAACAACCUUAUCAAAGUUGUCUGAGUCCGAGGUCUGCGUUGUUCUACGAAUUCCCACCUAACGAACAAGGACAAACCACAAGUAAGAAGAAAACAACAUUUUCGCGACUGCUUCGAGGACUAAAGACGCACAGGAAGGAGAAGCAAGCGCAAACUCAAGGUUCCCCGAGGCAUGGUCGUGUAAGAAUAGGAGUACCACAAAGAGUAGAUACACCAGACAGCGUACUGCAAAGUGGAUUAGGCAUGGGACCAGAUAUGGGACAUACUAUUUUACGUUCUAUGGUUGAUCCAAGAGAUUAUGAUCGAUUAAGAUACUUGCAAAUGAAUGGAGGUCAGCCAAACAGCUUCGAAGAGACCAUACAUAGGCUGAAAGUUCAAGAGGCACUGAGAAAGAAGGAACGAUUUCAUAAAGAACACGAAGAGAUACUGAGGGAUAUCCGGCAGGGUUUAAUGCAGCUUGGUCGGGACGGACGGGGUCAGCUCCCUGGAGAUGACACUUAUAUGUACGAUGAAGAUGCACGUUGUGGAGGAGGAUUGGGCUUAGGUCCUGGAGGUCAACAUUGGUAUGACGAACCACCAUAUGAGUCAGAUCCCGAAGAUUUCCUUAUGGGGGCAAGUGGCGGGCCAGUGCCAACUGCGACUAUACAAAAUGGAAGAGUAUGUUUCACACUAAAUUUGAAGCCCGAGAACAGAAGUGAGGGAAUUAUUUCGCUUCGAACUGCCGGAGACAUCAGCCUCCCACGAGAUCGCUCUAGGAAAGGAGCAACAUCGACAAUGCGAGGGCUUAUUGUGCCACAAGGUCACAAUAAUCCACCGGCCAUCAUACCACUUACACAUUCGAGAGCUUCUCGAGAAAGUGGAGACUACGCGAGUAGCGAUGUCCAGAGCCGGAGUAGCGGCGAGGAAGGACUAUCGCCAAGCCAAAGCAGCGACUACGAGGAUCAAGAAGAACUUGAGAAUCAGCAUCCGGCCGCCGUACACACAUCAGAAGCUAGCGCUCUGCUCGAGGGGGACGCCAGGGCGGGGAUCGCAGGACGUGCGAGAAAUUUGAGGCACGACGUGCAGCGGAAAAUUUCAAGGCUGCGCCAGGAUCGCGCCUCAUCAGAGGCCUUCCCGUGCAGCGCGAGCAGUGUCGAGAGCCUUCCAAGCGGAAGUGGUUCGAGCACGCAGGCACUUGUGCGUGCAGGAAGCAAUCACAGUUCGAUAUCCUGCGAAGACAGGGACGCCAUCAGCCCAACGUCUAUUGGACCUGUGCUUUGCAGAGCCAGGGCACUGGUCGAUUACACGCCCAGCCCUUAUGACAAGGAAGCGUUAAAGUUUAAGAAGGGAGACAUCAUCGACGUGGUACAAAUGAACAAGAGCGGGUUGUGGAAGGGUGUUUUGCACAACAGGAUAGGCCACUUCAAGUUCAUAAACGUCGAGAUACUAAACGACAGGGUUCCAAGGCGCGGCGAGCCCGAAGGGCGGGGGAAGUGGGGCCAGAGGUAUAGGCAGAAGCCCGGUUCCGUUCAAGAGCUCUUGCAGAGAAUGAAUCUUCAGGAACACAUUCCUGUUUUUGUAUUUAACGGAUACGAGGAUCUGGAACUCUUCAGGGAAAUUGAAGCCGCGGAUCUUGAUUACUUGCGUAUACAUCAACCAGAACAUCGUGCUAAGAUACUUACAGCUGUGCAACUAUUAAAUGAUCUUCAAUCCGGAAGCGAGGGUGAUUUAGCUUCAAGCUCGGAGGGUGACGAGGUAAGUCGACUGGUCUUAACCUCUGGCCAGACAUCCGGCCAUUGUUCACCGUUUAAUCGUCGCCAGUUCCCGCGGGACUCUGGCUGUUACGACGCUCACAAGAAUCCCACUAGUCGGCGAACUGUAAGCCCGGAAUCGACAACGACUACCAAGCUGCCCAGAGAGAACAAUCUUGAUUCCGCGGCGCCUACGAAGAGCGUAAGCGGCGUCAGCACAGAAGGGAGCACGGUGACCGACAGCAAGGACGACUUCCAUCCCAACAUACCCAUCACGACCAACGUGGCCGGGCAGAAGGAGGGCCAGUUCGAUAAAUCGCCGUUACUUCGUAGCGGAAACGUUCGGUUUAUCGCGAAAAGAGGGAAUUUCGGCGAAACGGUGGUGAUCGAGGACGCGUGCGAGGGUGGGCAAAAACUGGGAGGCAUGGUGAAGUACGUGGUCGGGAGCGGUGACCUUGGCCUCGAGAAUAGCGGAAAUAUGACAGGUCUUGGACAAAGGGGUUGCCUGAGCGAGAAAUCGAGCGACUCGGGCGUCAGCUCAUCGAGCAUCAGCUCUGCACCGCCACCUAGGGACAAAGUUCUUGCCAACGUUGCCUCUGACUCACCCACCAAGAACUUUGGCAAUUUCACCAGAGCGUCCCCCACCUCUCAACCGGCCACCAAUAAGAGCCAGAGUGGGGAGGCCAGUUACCAAUAAAGGAGCGAUACUGAUAGAGGAGGACAGAAGACCGAUCCCGAUUCAUCUUGCCUUUACAUUGUAUUUUCAUAAGUUUCAUUGUAAAUUAUUGUACACUUACUACGCGAUAGUGUAAACGCGGAUUUUUAAAAGAUUGUUAACAAGAUCGUGCAAUUUCGAUGGAGUUCUUCUGCUGUAUCCGUAAGUAUUCACACAUUUAUCCGAGGAGGAAUUUUUAACCUUUUCGAUGGCUUGAUUCGAUCAAGGAAGAUAUGCAUGUAGUAUAUGAAUGUAUAUUGAGAAAAUAGAAUGAGAAAUUUUCAUACCAGUGAACGAUGAUCGAUAUUUCGAAAGGAUACGUACAUAAACGCGAUAGAGAAGAUUGCUACAUGUUUCACGCUCGUUUGUAUAACUAUUUUGUAAUAUAUUUUCAUUGUCUAUUUUGAGAACUAACAAGCAAAACGUACUAUCUAUAAUGAAUCUUCGGAGAAGGGUCAACUUGUUGAAACUUAUUGAGACGACUUAUUGAAUAUGACUGAAAUGAUUUAUAAAAUGUUAUGCAGUGAUAUAUCUAGUAUUCCUGUAAUUCAGUUUAUCGAACGAACUUAGAACCGGAACGUAGAGAACGGCUGUAAACCGAGAAACGAGCUUAAAUAGAAAAUGCACGUACGGAUAUGGAAUCCUUUCGUAUGAUUCACACGUUCAAAAACCAAUCAAUGAAUAGCGGUUAUUCGGUGUUUAAUAUUUUAUUUCUCUGUUAAAGAUAACAUAUUUCUUCUCUUGUUUUUUUUUUUUUUUUUUAACCCAUCCUGGAAUCGAAAGGAAUAACGCUUCGCUAACUUUUAUUGCCUCAUCGAUUCUUUGUCUUCGUUAUUUCAUAAUCAAAACUUCGCGGCUGCUCGUUAUUUUUUUUUAAUGAGAAUUCCUUUAUCUCGAUAUUGGAUCAAAGCUUUCCACGUGAUUAUUUUUCACUCCGAGCUUUUUAUGAUUCUCGGUAAAUGAGAUGAUGAGAAGGAAAAGGGAGACGAGUCAGAUAUAAAAAUUUAUACGGUCUCGACGAGAGGAACGAAUAAUAACGUUUGUAUCGUGCUCGAACGGAAUAAAAUUUUUGGCAGUAUGAUGAAAUAUCGAGAGGAGCCGUGUCACUGCCAAUCAUUUCAUGAUCUCGUCUAUCGUUUUCGACGCUCGUAAUAAUUACUAAUGAUAAUAUUGUGAUAAGAUUGCAUUUACGUCUAAAUAAUUUUUGUAAAUAGAUUAAAGAUUCGCAAUAGAGGAUUCGUCUUUGCAAUUUGUAUACAAUAAGCUACAGAGAACAGAGACUAAUGAGAUGUUUAACGAGAAAUAACGAGAAGAGACACGUUGAUCUGUCAAUUCAACAGUUGGAUCAGCUGUUUCAGCUGCCUAUAUGAGAAAUGAAAACUUUUUUUAGAUUAAAGACUGCCAACAGAUUAAAACUUUUUGAACACGUAAAAUGUUCGUUUGCUAUUAUUUUUGAGACUAGUUUACUUUAAUGAAAAGUAUACAUUUGACGAUAUAAACAGUUGACACAGAAAUAUGAAAAAUAAGGAUUAUUAUAUAAUGAGAAAGAGAGAGAAAGAGAGAAAGAAAGAAA